UCUCGUCAGGGUAAAGUCGUUCCAGUUUCCAUUCAGUACUCGCCUGGAGAAGGUUUAUUUCAGUAACAAUUUAUUUUCUAAAUCAAAAUGACGACUAUUGUCCUAGGAAUUAUGCUACUUUUAGUAGCGUGUAGUGCUGACACGGAUACCUUUAAAGUUAAUGUGAAGGAUUCGAAUGCUCAAAUGUAUCACCAGCAAAGUGCAAGGGAUGGUCAGUUCACCUAUGGGUACAGAGUAAAUGACGAAAGCAACCAAUUUCAGCAUAAGGUAAAAGGACCCGAUGAUGUAACGUACGGCUGCUAUGGCUAUGUGGAUCCCACAAAUCGCAAGCAUUUAGUUUAUUACGUGGCCGAUGCAAUGGGAUAUCGAAUAAUAUUUCCAAAUCGUCCGACAAAAAUUUUUGUAGCGCGUAUUACUGACAGCUUUAACAAACUUGAUGGAUCCUUGAAGAGUAAACAAUACGACGAGAAGGUCGUUGCCUGGAACGAUCUCUAUCUGCCCGAAUCUUGCUUCCGUCUGGACGAAAUAUUGUCACAAGCAGGCUCUUCGGUGCAUCCACAAGUGGUAAAACCGCCAAGAGUAUCACCGACAACGCCGGUAACGGCACCAGUUUAUUCACCACAACCGGAACUUCCAAGACCUACACAGUAUCAUAUUCCACCUUUCGCGGCAAGUCAGCCGAACUACAACCCGUCCGGAUCCACGCUGCAAACUACUGAAACGUAUGACCAGGAAUAUCAAACUGGUAUGUAUGGUAGCAUUAUAUGAUAGUUCAUUAUACCAUACAGUGUUGACAAAUUCUUGUUAAAUUUCAAUUUAAAAUUAUCAAAGCGAAAAUUUGCGAUGUGAGGUCAGCAGCAGGUAGUCGUAGGAACAGGAACUUCAACCGGCGUGUGCACAAUAUCAUGCACGUGUUUCUCGCAACGCAAUUGGGUUGAGUUUUGGAGUGUGUUAUCACAUAUCUCAAAGUAGCUUAGUUGGUGGAGCAACUCCACGUUAAGGAGAAGAUUACGGGUUCGAGUCCAGCCUCUGUCGAUUUUUAGGCAUACAUUUU